AUGACUUCUCUUCUAGACUCAAAAGUUCACACGUUCCUCCUGACUUGGUUUUUCAUCCAGCAGGUGACAGGCCUGACUGAGCCUUCCAAACUGGACAUGGCUCCCAAUGCAUUUGAUGAUCAGUAUGAGGGCUGUGUUGAAGAAAUGGAGAAUAAAGCACCCCAGUUGUUACAAGAAGACUUCAACAUGAAUGAGCAAUUAAAACUUGAGUGGGAAAAGGCAGAGAAAAGAUGGAAGGAGAUAAAAAAUACAACGAGCAAUCCCAAAGGUUUCCAUGACUUCCACGGAACGGCUUUAGUGGCCUACACCGGAAAAAUCCAUGAAGGUUUUAACAGAGCUGUUAGAGAAUUCAGGAAAAAUCCCGGCAACUUCCAUUACAAGGCCUUCCAUUACUACUUAACAAGAGCCCUUCAGCUUCUGAGUAACCAGAGUUGUCACUCAGUUUACAGAGGCACCAGAAACAAGUUUCGUUACAGUGGGAAGGGCUCUGUGCGGUUUGGGCAGUUCGCUUCCUCCACUUCUGUUUGGCAAGUUGCUGUUUCUCCAGAAUUUUUAAGUGAACAUGGGACACUGUUUGACAUCAAAACCUGCUUGGGGGUUGGUAUAAAAACAUUCUCCUUAUUCCCUCAUGAAGAGGAGGUAUUAAUUCCAGUCUAUGAAGUAUAUCACAAAGUAACUGUAACACAAAAUGCAAAAGGGUCUGACAAAAUUUUCCUGGACUCCCCCAAAAGAAAGAAGAGCAACUUCAAUUGCUACUAUAGUGGAUCUAUUGAAGUCGACAGCGGUUUUAUUGAAAUAGACAACAUUGAUUUCAGCAGCUCAGGAGCCAGAGACAGCCGGGCAUUCCUGCUGCUUGUGGUGCUACCUGGUCUCCUGGUCCAGCUGCUGCCUCUUGCUGAGCUGUAGCCCUCUCCUGCCUGCAGUUCAUGGGUCUGAGUGUUGAAAGGAGGCCCAGGGGCAAGAACUUGGUGGUUCUCUGAGGUCUGAGGUAGAAUGAAGUGUGCGAUCAUUUUGGGGGAGAUCUACUUUAGCAUUCACGACUUCCAUAGACACCCAAGGAAACUGCUGGGUCUGUGGGUGAAAUUUUAUCCUCUGACUUCAAAUUUACUACCCCUUGACACUUUGCUAUGAUUGAAAAGCAGUGUUUGUCUGCAUGGUCAGCAGUAACAGAUUUAAAGCAUGCAGUAUGUGAUGAAUGUUACAAUCUAGCGAAAUAAAUUGUUUAUAAGCACACCUUGA